AUGGUCCAUAACAAUGAUGGUGAUAAUAAUGACCAAGAAAUGCAAGAGAUUGGGAUUAAUGAAAAGAGAAGUCAAUUCCCACACAUAAGUGUUGAAGAAUCUCGUCAAGAGUUUGACUCAUUUUCAAAUAAUAUCGAAGGAGAGUCAAAACAAUUUGGAAUGAAUAGAGAUGCUGAAUCUAAUAUGGCAGUUGAAAGUGAAGAAGAUUUUAAAUUAAGAAAAUAUUUUGAAAAUUCAAAUAGAAUGCAUCUUGAAAAUGGUGGUAAUGAAAAAAAAAUGGGUGUUUCCAUUAGAAAUUUAACUGUUGUUGGUCUUGGUGCUGAUGCAUCUGUAAUUGCUGAUAUGUCAACUCCAUUUUAUGGUUUAGUUAAACUUUUUACUCCAUCUUUUUGGACUAAAAAAACAUCAACAUUUGAUAUUUUACAUGAUGUUACAACAUUUUGUAAAGAUGGUGAAAUGGUUUUAGUUUUAGGUAGACCAGGUGCUGGUUGUUCAACAUUGUUACGUGUUAUUGCAAAUCAAACUGCAUCAUAUGUUUCAGUUAAAGGUGAUAUUACAUAUGGUGGUAUUCCUUCAAAAGAGUUUGAAAAAUAUAGAGGUGAACCUAUUUAUACACCAGAAGAAGAUUCACAUCAUCCAACUUUAACAGUUCGUGAAACUUUAGAUUUUGCAUUAAAAUGUAAAACUCCAGGUAAUCGUUUACCAGAUGAAACUAAAAGAUCUUUCCGUGAUAAAGUUUUUAAUUUAUUAUUAUCAAUGUUUGGUAUUGUUCAUCAAGCUGAUACUAUUGUUGGUAAUGAAUUUAUUAGAGGUUUAUCAGGUGGUGAAAGAAAACGUUUAACAAUUACAGAAGCAAUGGUAUCAUCAGCAUCAAUUACAUGUUGGGAUUGUUCAACUCGUGGUCUCGAUGCAGCAUCAGCAUUUGAUUAUGCAAAAUCAAUUCGUAUUAUGUCUGAUACAUUACACAAAACAACAAUUGCAUCAUUUUAUCAAGCAUCCGAUUCAAUUUAUAAUGUAUUUGAUAAAGUUUGUGUUUUAGAAAAAGGUCGUUGUAUUUAUUUUGGUCCAGUUGGUAUGGCAAAACAAUAUUUUAUGAGCUUGGGUUUCGAUUGUGAACCAAGAAAAUCAACACCAGAUUUUUUAACUGGUGUAACAAAUCCACAGGAACGUAUUAUUAAAAAAGGAUUUGAAGGUCGUACUCCAGAAACUUCAGCAGAUUUCGAAGAAGCAUGGAAAAACUCUGAUAUAUAUAGAGAUCAACUUCAAGAACAAAAAGAAUAUGAAGAAUUAAUUGAAAGAACUCAACCAAAAGUUGCAUUUGUUCAAGAGGUUAGGGAUGCAAAUAGUAAAACCAAUUUCAAAAAAUCACAAUAUACAACAAGUUUUGUUACUCAAGUUAUUGCAUUAAUUAAAAGAAAUUUUGCAUUGGUUUUAAAUGAUAAGUUUGGUAUGUACUCUAAAUAUCUCUCAGUUUUAAUUCAAGGUUUCGUUUAUGCUUCACUUUUCUAUAAUAUGGAUACAGAUAUUACUGGUUUAUUUACUAGAGGUGGUGCAAUUCUUUCAGCUGUAAUUUUCAAUGCUUUUCUCUCCAUUGGUGAAAUGGCAAUGACUUUCUAUGGUCGUCGUGUUUUACAAAAACAUAAGAGUUAUGCUUUAUAUCGUCCAUCUGCUUUACAUAUUGCACAAGUUGUAACUGAUAUUCCAUUCACAGCAAUUCAAGUAUUCUUAUUUUCAAUUAUUGCAUACUUUAUGUUUGGUUUACAAUAUGAUGCUGGUAAAUUCUUUAUUUUUUGUUUUACUUUGCUUGGUGCAAGUUUAGCAUGUACAGCACUUUUCAGAUGUUUUGGUUACCUUUGUCCAUCGAUGUAUAUCGCUCAAAAUAUUUCAAAUGUUUUCAUCAUUUUCAUGCUUACCUAUUCUGGUUAUACCAUUCCAAUUCCAAAAAUGCAUCCAUGGUUCAGUUGGUUUAGACAUAUCAAUAUCUUUACCUAUGCAUUUAAAGCAUUAAUGGCAAAUGAAUUUGAAGGUUUGGAUUUUAAUUGUAAAGAAUCUGCAAUUCCAUAUGGUCCAGCAUAUCAAGGUUCAGAGUUUGAUGCAUAUAGAAUUUGUCCAUUAGGUGGUAUUGAACAAGGUAGUCUCUACUUUAAAGGUGAUUUUUAUAUGGAUAAAACUUUAUCAUUUGCAACUGGAGAAAUGUCACAAAAUGUUAUCAUUGUUUAUUGUUGGUGGGUUUUCUUUGUAGUUUGUAAUAUGUUUGCAAUGGAAUACAUUGAUCAUACAAGUGGCGGUUAUACUCAUAAAGUUUACAAAAAAGGUAAAGCUCCAAAAAUGAAUGAUGUUGAAGAAGAAAAACAACAAAAUGCCAUUGUAGCAAAAGCAACAAGUAAUAUGAAAGAUACUCUUCAUAUGGAUGGUGGUAUUUUCACAUGGCAAAACAUUAGAUACACUGUCAAAGUUCCAGGUGGUGAAAGAUUAUUAUUAGAUAAUAUUGAAGGUUGGAUUAAACCAGGUCAAAUGACAGCUUUAAUGGGUUCAUCGGGUGCUGGUAAAACAACUUUACUCGAUGUUUUAGCAAAGAGAAAAACUUUGGGUGUUGUUGAAGGUGAUUCACAUUUAAAUGGUAGAGAAUUAGAAAUUGAUUUUGAACGUAUUACUGGUUAUGUAGAACAAAUGGAUGUCCACAAUCCAGGUUUAACAGUUAGAGAAGCAUUACGUUUCUCUGCAAAAUUACGUCAAGAACCAGAGGUAUCAUUAGAAGAGAAAUUUAAAUAUGUUGAACAUGUUUUAGAAAUGAUGGAAAUGAAACAUUUAGGUGAUGCAUUAAUUGGUACAUUAGAAACUGGUGUUGGUAUUUCAGUUGAAGAAAGAAAAAGAUUAACAAUUGGUGUUGAAUUGGUUGCAAAACCACAAAUUCUUUUCCUUGAUGAACCAACAUCUGGUUUAGAUGCUCAAUCAUCAUAUAAUAUCAUUAAAUUUAUUCGUAAAUUAGCAGAUGCAGGUAUGCCAUUAGUUUGUACAAUUCAUCAACCAUCAUCAGUAUUAUUUGAACAUUUUGAUCGUAUUCUUUUAUUAGCUAAAGGUGGUAAAACAGUAUAUUUCGGUGAUAUUGGUGAAAAAUCAAAAACUUUAACAUCAUACUUUGAACGUCAUGGUGUUCGUCCAUGUACUGAGAGUGAAAAUCCAGCAGAAUAUAUUUUAGAAGCAACUGGUGCAGGUGUUCAUGGUAAGUCUGAUGUUAAUUGGCCAGAAGCUUGGAAACAAUCACCAGAGUUAGCCGAUAUUUCAAGGGAAUUAGCAGCAUUAAAAGAACAAGGUGCACAACAAUAUAAACCAAGAAGUGAUGGACCAGCAAGAGAAUUCUCACAAUCAACAUGGUAUCAAACUAAAGAAGUUUAUAAACGUUUAAAUUUAAUUUGGUGGAGAGAUCCAUACUAUACAUAUGGUUCAUUCGUUCAAGCUGCACUAUGUGGUUUAAUUAUUGGUUUUACAUUUUGGAAUCUUCAAGGUUCAAGUAGUGAUAUGAAUCAAAGAAUUUUCUUUAUUUUCGAAGCACUCAUGUUAGGUAUCUUAUUGAUUUUCGUUGUAAUGCCACAAUUAAUUAUCCAACGUGAAUACUUUAAGAGAGAUUUUGCCAGUAAAUUCUAUUCAUGGUUCCCAUUUGCAAUUUCAAUUGUUGUUGUAGAAUUACCGUUCAUUGUUAUUUCAGGUACAAUCUUCUUCUUUUGUUCAUUCUGGACUGCAGGAUUACAUAAAACUAGUGACGAUGAACAAACCUUUUAUUUCUGGUUCAUUUUCAUUAUCUUUAUGUUUUUCUGUGUUUCUUUCGGUCAAGCAGUAGCAGCAGUUUGUAUCAAUAUGUUCUUUGCAAUGACAUUGAUUCCAUUGUUAAUUGUUUUCCUAUUUCUUUUCUGUGGAGUGAUGGUCCCCCCAUCAUCAAUUCCAACCUUUUGGAGAGGAUGGGUGUAUCAUUUAAACCCAUGUCGUUACUUUAUGGAAGGUAUUAUCACAAAUAUUUUAAAAACUGUCCGUGUCGAGUGCUCUGAAGAAGAUAUGGCCAUUUUUACAUUCCCAAAGAGUUAUAAUACUUGUCAAAACUAUACUAGUGCUUUUCAAUCAUAUAAACCAUCCGGCUAUGUUGAGAGUGCUACAUUAAAUGGGGAACCAGCAUGUGGUUAUUGUAUCUAUAAAAAUGGUGAAGAAUAUUACGAAACACUUGGUUGGUCAGCUGAUAAUCGUUGGAGAAAUGUUGGUAUUAUCAUUGGUUUCUUUGUUUUCAAUAUUUUAAUGGUUAUCCUAUUUGUUUACUUAACUAGAAAAGGAAGUAGAUAA